CCGGAUGUGAUUGCUUGCUAAACGAGCUUUAGCAUUUAGCUCCACACUUAAAAUUUGUUAGUAUUUAUCCUCUGCUAAGACGAAUUUAUAAAGUACACCAUUAAUAUAAAAGCGUAUUCGUGGUCUAAAAAACAUGGGUACCGACAUACAGUUAAGGAAGUACACAGAGUAACGACUAGGUUAAAUAGGUCCCUGGAAAUUUGUUUAGCGUCACAUAACGAGCUAAGUAGCUUAGCGUUGGUUAGCGUUGUUUGGAAAUCACAACCAUGAGUCUUGCAGUUGGCCGCGAACCCAGAAAGACUGCGGGAAACCGUAUGUCCAAAUUACUAGAUGCUGAAGAAGAGGAUGAGUUCUACAAGACCACUUACGGAGGCUUCAACGAUGAAUCAGGAGAUGAUGAGUAUCACGGAGAACAUUCGGACACAGAAGACGAGGUGGACAGCGACUUUGACAUUGAUGAGGGUGAUGAGCCAGACAGUGACCAAGAAGAGGACGCACCUCGGAGGAAAAGUCGGGUUGUCACCAAAGCUUAUAAGGAACCAAUAAAGGUGGCAAAACCCAAACCUAAAAGAACAGAGGAACAGAAGAAGACGGAGAAAACUAAAGUGGAGCCAAAAAGGAGGAUUCUACAAGAAUUCCAAGAUUUUGCAGAGACUCGAAAGUCUGUCCGACAGUCCACAAGUGAACAUACACGGAAGACAAAUCUGCGCUUACAAGAACGUCAGGAUGCCCCGCGAAGACGAAGAGGUGCUCAUCGUGACCGACCCCUCACACAGGAAGAGCUGCUGGCUGAGGCUAAAAUAACAGCUGAGAUCAACAUUCGAUCUCUUGAAAACUAUGAACGUCUGGAGGCAGACAAGAAGAAACAAGUCCAUAAGAAGCGGCGUUUUGAGGGACCAACCAUCCGUUACCAUUCGGUCCUUACGCCCCUUGUCUCAACCUCAGCCCUAAAAGAAGAAAAUGUUGAUGUCGAGGGGUUGGAUCAGGACGUUCCUCAGACUGCACCACAGAAUCCCACUGCACCUUCCCAGCAGCCUGCUGGAGGCCUGUGCUCCCGCACUUACAUAACUUUCAGUGACGAUGAAGCUUUUGAGGUCGCCUUCCCGCGAAGCUCCCAGACGAAUCCUCAGGUGCCCGUACAGGAGGUUUGUCCUGUUACCCACAAGGCCGCGCUGUACCGAGACCCAGUCACAGAUAUACCGUAUGCCAACGCACGAGCCUUCCGCAUCAUCCGAGAAGCGUAUCGGAAAUACGUGGCCGCUCAUGGAUUCCCGAACACUUCGGGAGGUUCGACAGUACUUGACUCCUCGGCAGCGAAGGGCGCCCGCCAGAAAAUGGUUAUGAAGCAGAGUGCAGCUGCUACAUAGAUUAGUCUCAAAAAGAUGAUAAAAGAAAAGGUUUCUGUUUAAAAAUUCUCAGUGAAAUGAUUGAGAAGACUCCGCACUGUUUUUAUUUCUGUCCUUACAGUGUCAGCUCACGAGGAACCUGGAGGGAAAAAAGCUGACAUUUUGGGUUUGAGCUGUCACUGAGAUACUAAAAAAAAAAAAAUCUAACAUUAGCACAGGAAAAACAGCUGCUGCAAUGCCUUAAAAUGUAAGAAGCCUGAAAUCUUUGUGUGGAAAUCAGCAGAAAAAGGCAUGCAUGUGCACAGAGGCAGCUUGGAUUGUUUUUUGUUAUUUUUUUAUUUUUUUUAUUUUUCAAUUUAUAUUUGUUACUGGUAAUAUUUUUUUAUGUCUGAAAAAAUAAAUUUGGGGAACUUGUAAUAAUUGAGAUUCAAAUGAGUUUUGGUUUAUAAUAAAAAAAAAAAGGAA